UGAAUGCGAGGAUCCGGUAAUUGCCAAGAAGUGCAAACAAAGUGCAUAAAUACAGAGGGGAACUAUACUUGUGCUUGAAACAAGGGGUACCAUAACAAUGGCACAGCAGACUCGGUAGAUUGUAUCGCUGACCAAAAAUUUGUUCAAAUUAUAGUUGGUAAGUCCAAUAGCAAUACUCUGCUCCAUUUGGUUACGAAAAAUACCAGAACUACUAAUGCUUAGAUGUGUGUUGGAAAUGUAGGACUCGGUGUUGGCCUCAUAUCCUUAUUAAUAGGCAGCUCCUGGUUGUACUUGGUCUACAAAAGAUGGAAGCUCAUGAAGGUGAAGGAGAAGUUCUUCAUCCAAAAUGGAGGAUUGUUGUUAAAGCAACAGCUUUCGAAACGACAAGGUGGUGCCACUAACCAAACGGCCAAAAUCUUCACGGAAGACCAACUUAAGAAGGCUACCAACCAUUUCAGUGAAGCCAGAAUCGUUGGCAAAGGAGGUUUCGGUACAGUCUACAAAGGGAUUAUAGCAGAUGAAAGAGCUAAGGAAACAGUGGUUGCAAUCAAGAAAUCCAAACUUGUGGAUCGAAGCCAAAUAGAGCAAUUCAUUAAUGAAGUACAGGUGCUUUCCCAAAUCAAUCACAGGCAUGUGCAUGUGGUGAAGCUUUUGGGUUGUUGUUUCGAGACAGAAGUCCCACUACUAGUUUAUGAGUUUGUCACCAAUGGUACGCUAUUCGACUACAUCCACAACAAAAGCAAGGCAUCCAACUUUGCUUGGGAAAUUCGUUUAAGGAUAGCUGCAGAAACUGCUGGAGUGCUAUCACACUUGCACUCUGAAGCUUCUAUUCCCAUCAUUCACAGAGAUGUCAAGUCCACAAACAUACUCUUGGAUGAUAAUCUUACAGCAAAAGUGUCCGAUUUCGGUGCCUCCAGAUUGGUUCCGUCAGAUCAAGCUCAGCUAUCUACAGUGGUGCAAGGAACGGUAGGGUAUUUGGACCCUGAAUACUUACAGACGAGCCAGUUGACUGACAAGAGUGAUGUCUAUAGCUUUGGGGUUGUUCUUGUGGAACUACUAACAGGAAAGAAGGCGCUUUCGUUCGACAAGCCGGAAAAGGAGAGAAAUCUAGCCAUGUAUUUUCUUUCUGCCCUGAGAGAGGACCGAUUGGUAGAGGUGAUUGAUGGUAGUGCCAUUAACCGAGCAAACGUUGAGCAGCUUAAGGAAGUUUCAAACCUUGCAAGGAGGUGUUUGAAAGUAAAAGGAAAAGAAAGACCAACCAUGAAGGAAGUGGCCAUGGAGCUCGAGGGACUGAGAAGGAUGGUAAUGCAUCCAUGGGUUAAUAAUGAUGAAUCCAAUGCAGAGGAGAAUGAGCACUUGCUUGGUGAAAUAAGACUGGAAACUUUUAGUCAUGGAGGUGGUGGGGAUACGAGUUCUGGGUCUGGUUGCGAAGCUACCUGUGGAAAUGUUAACAUACCAUACCCUUUCGGUACCAGAGAAGCUUAUUGUUACCAUGAUAAAGAGUUCCUUGUAACUUGCAACUCCACAUAUGACCCUCCGAAACUAUUUCUGUCCGGAGGCACUGUUGAGGUCACAAACAUUUCUGUUGAUGGCAAGUUGAAUAUCAUGCAAUAUAUAGCUCACGAUUGCUAUGAAUCAUCUGGUUUCCGUAUCAAGAACAAUUCUCCAUGGCUCCGCCUUUCAAAAUUCAUCAUCUCCAACACCGAUAAUAAGUUCAUUGCAGUUGGAUGUGACACUUAUGCAGAAAUCCGAGGCUUCCAGGGCGAAAUCAAGAAGUACACAGGUGGCUGCAUAUCAACAUGUGACAGCAUUGAUUAUGUUGCCAAUGAUUCAUGUUCCGGUAUAGGGUGUUGCCAGACAUCAAUUGCUAAAGGUGUGAGCUAUUUUGAUGUGUCUGUGGGCAGUUAUCAAAAUCAUACAGAUGUUUGGUCUUUCAAUCCAUGCAGCUUCGCCUUUAUUGUGGAAGAAAGCAAGUUCAACUUCUCCAGAGCUAUGCUCAAGGAUUUAAAGAAUGUAACAGUACUUCCUGUUGUGCUUGAUUGGUCAAUUGGAAAUGAGACUUGCAAGCAAGUUGAAGGCAAAAUGAAAGCUGGCAGCGCGUGCCAGGGGAACAGCACAUGUGUUGAUGUCGAAAAUGGGUCUGGAUACCGAUGCAAGUGCAAGGAUGGUUAUCAAGGGAACCCAUACCUCUCUAAUGGUUGUCAAGAUAUUGAUGAAUGUGAGGAUCCAAAACUCAGUAACUGUGCACAAAAAUGUGUAAAUAAGGAGGGAAGUCAUUACUGUUCUUGCCGCAAAGGGUACCAUGGCAAUGGUAUAGCAGGGGAAGAAGGUUGCAUAGCUAACAGAGCAUUAGUUGUUCAAAUCACUGUUGGAAUUGCUGUCGGCCUCAUAUCGUUGCUAACGUGUUGCUCUUGGUUAUAUCUCGGCUACAGAAGAUGGAAACUCAUUAAGCUGAAGGAGAGAUUCUUCAGACAAAAUGGAGGAUUAAUGUUACAACAACAACUUUCAGAACGACAAGGUGGUGCCACUAACCAAAAUGCAAAAAUCUUUACUGCAGAAGAACUUGAGAAGGCCACCAACAACUACCAUGAGACUAGAAUCGUUGGCAAAGGAGGCUACGGUACAGUGUACAAAGGAAUUUUAUCAGAUGGAAGAGUAGUUGCAAUCAAGAAAUCCAAAAUAGUUGAUCAAAGCCAAAUAGAGCAAUUCAUUAAUGAAGUACUGGUGCUUUCCCAAAUCAAUCACAGGAAUGUGGUGAAGCUUUUGGGUUGUUGUUUCGAGACAGAAGUCCCACGACUAGUUUAUGAGUUUGUCACCAAUGGUACGCUAUUUGACUACAUCCACAACAAAAGCAAGGCAUCCAACUUUGCUUGGGAAACUCGUUUAAGGAUAGCUGCAGAAGCUGCUGGAGUGCUAUCAUACUUGCACUCAGCUGCUUCUGUCCCUAUUAUCCAUAGAGAUGUCAAGUCCACAAAUAUACUUUUAGAUGAAACCCUUACAGCAAAAGUGUCUGAUUUUGGUGCCUCCAGAUUGGUACCAUUGGAUCAAACUGAGUUAUCGACAAUGGUACAAGGCACGCUCGGGUACUUAGACCCUGAAUACUUUCAAACAAGCCAAUUGACUGACAAGAGUGAUGUCUAUAGCUUUGGGGUUGUCCUUGUGGAGCUACUAACAGGAAAGAAGGCGCUUUCGUUCGACAGGCAAGAGGAGGAUAGAAAUCUAGCAAUGUAUUUUCUUUCCGCCCUGAAAGAAAACCGCUUGGUACAAGUGGUUGAUGAGUGUGUUCUGAAUGGGGCAAAUGACGAGCAGCUUAAGGAAGUUUCUAACCUUGCAAAGAGGUGUUUGAAAGUGAAAGGAGAAGAAAGACCAACCAUGAUGGAAGUAGCAAGCGAGCUUGAGGGACUAAGAAGGAUGGCAAUGCAUCAUCCCUGGGUUAAUAAUGAUGAAUCCAAUGCACAGGAGAAUGAAAGCUUGCUUGGUGAAAUAUCACUGGAAACGUUUAGUCAUGGAGGUGGUGGCGAUACGAGUUCUGGGUAUGAUACAAUGAGGAACCACAUCAUAUUACCAGUAAAUGAUGGGAGAUAAUUGUGUUAUUGUUUUGCUAGGCCUGCUGAGUCUAUUCCAUUGAAAUGCUUGAACAUUAUUAGGUAAAAAGAAAUGCAAGGAUGGGAAGUGUUCAAUCAAAAAUAAUUUACUUUUUCUGGUC